CUCUCUCUUUCUCUCGCAGUAGCACAUCCGCUCUCUCUCUCUCUCUCUCUCCUCCGAUCUCCGCCGCCCAAGCGAGAACACAGAGAAGAAGCGGCAAUCGAGCGGAGACCCCGAAGAUGGCGGCACCGGCGAGGACAGUGAAGGACGUGUCGCCCCACGAGUUCGUCAAGGCGUACGCCGCUCACCUCAAGCGGUCCGGCAAGAUGGAGCUUCCUCACUGGACUGAUAUAGUGAAGACCGGUACCUUCAAGGAGCUCGCUCCGUACGACCCUGAUUGGUACUACAUCAGAGCCGCUUCCAUGGCCAGGAAGAUCUAUCUGAGGGGAGGUCUGGGGGUUGGUGCUUUCCGUAGGAUUUAUGGCGGGAGCAAGAGGAAUGGCAGCCGCCCGCCGCAUUUUUGCAAGAGCAGCGGCUCUAUUGCGCGCCACAUACUCCAGCAAUUGGAGACCAUGAACAUCGUCGACGCCGACCCUAAGGGCGGAAGGCUAAUCACAUCCACCGGCCGGCGGGAUCUGGAUCAAGUCGCCGGAAGGAUCGUCAUCCCCCAAUGAGACAGAUUCAAGGCCCGGCAUGCCCAUAGAAAUGAUGCUGAUACUUGGUUAUCCUCUUUUUGUUACUCUUUGUUCUUUCAAAAGAGCUGCUGUUUUUGUCUGAAAUAGGGAGUUGUUCUGUAUGCUCUGUGGACCCUUGUUGUUCUUGUUCCAUCAUUCACUUCUCUUUGAACGCUACCCCAAUUUUUGUUGCUAUGGAGUGGAAAUUGUUUCUCAAGCUCUUGGAUCUGGGACAUCAGCAAACUUGAUUUGGCAGGGUAGAUCUGUAAUUUUUGCUAUUUUUAAUUAUUUUCUAAUA